AUGCUGCCUCGAUGGAGUUUAGUCUCAGGGAGGACCGUGUUAGGCCUUUCUAUACAAAUUCUCCUCCUGGCUCCGCUCACAUUGUCUGACACUAGCGAGGGAAGGGACACUACCUCUUUUCCUGUUGCAACCAAUGGCCAGCGUUUCCCCUGGAAUAAGAUGCGGCUGCCCAAAACAGUGACACCGCUGCACUACGACCUUCUUGUCCACCCCAACCUGACCUCCCUCGACUUCCACGGGAUGGUUGAGAUCCAGUUGGAGGUCGUCCAAGAUACCAGCGCUGUCAUACUGCACAGCAAGGGCCUCCAGAUCUCCGAAGCAGCGUUGCUGGAGUCGGGCACAAUACACCCGCUUCGGGUUCUCCACUUACCGGCCUUCGAGCAGGUGGCGCUUCUUUCCGAUGACAUUGCACUGGCCAAGGGGGGACAAUAUGCGGUUCGCUUGGAUUUUAGCGCUAAUCUCUCCGACAGUUUUCAUGGAUUUUAUAAGAGCACUUAUCGCAGUCGCGACGGGGAGGUCAGGGUCCUGGCCUCCACCCAUUUUGAGCCCACCCACGCCCGCACCGCCUUCCCCUGCUUCGAUGAGCCGGCCUUCAAAGCAAACUUCACCAUCCGCGUCCGCAGAGAGACCAAGCAUAUUGCCCUGUCCAAUAUGCCAAAGGUGAAGACAGUGGAGCUGGCAAGCGGACUGCUGGAGGACCACUUUGACGUCAGCGUGAAGAUGAGCACCUACCUGGUGGCCUUCAUCGUGUCUGACUUCCUGUCUGUGAGCAAGACCACCCAGCAUGGAGUAAAGAUCUCGGUGUAUGCAGUACCAGAGAAGAUCGAUCAGGCAGAGUUUGCUCUGAAUGCUGCAGUCAAGCUCCUCGACUUCUAUGAUGAUUACUUUGGCAUCCCAUAUCCACUUCCUAAACAAGAUCUGGCCGCGAUCCCUGACUUUCAGUCAGGCGCCAUGGAGAACUGGGGCCUGACCACAUACCGGGAGGCCGGCCUCCUCUUCAACCCAGAAAAGUCCUCUGCCUCCGACAAGCUGGGGAUCACCAAGGUCAUCGCCCACGAGCUGGCCCACCAGUGGUUUGGUAACCUAGUGACCAUGGAGUGGUGGAAUGACCUGUGGCUGAAUGAGGGUUUUGCCAAAUUCAUGGAGUUCGUCUCUGUCGGCAUCACCUACCCUGAGCUGCAAGUGGAGGAUCAUUUCCUGGAAAAGUGUUUCGAGGCCAUGGAGGUGGACGCUCUGAGCUCCUCCCAUCCUGUCUCCAGCCCGGUGGAGGACCCUGCGGAGAUUCGGGAGAUGUUUGAUGAUGUCUCGUAUGACAAGGGAGCUUGCAUUUUGAACAUGCUGAGAGAUUUCCUGACCCCGGAGGCCUUUAAGGUCGGCAUUAUCCGCUACCUUCGGCGUCACAGCUACCGGAACACUGUCAACACCGACCUCUGGGAAAGUCUGACCAAUACAUGCGAGUCAGACGAGCUGGAGGAGGGAAGACUACGAGGAGAUGGAUUCUGUUCUGGGAGGAAGCCCCAGUCCGCAGCAUCUAAGUGGUACAUGGAGGACGACCUGGACGUGCGGGCGAUGAUGGACACCUGGACCCUGCAGGAGGGGUUUCCCACUGUCACCGUGGAGGUCAGAGGUCGAGAGGUCAGACUGAGCCAGGAGCGAUACCUCAAAGGUGAAGACUCUUCACAGACCUCUGGGUUUCUAUGGCAAGUCCCACUGACCUACAUCACCAGUCGCUCCAGCACCAUUCAUCGAUUCCUGUUGAAAACUAAAACAGAUGUGCUGUACCUGCCAGAGGAAGUGGACUGGAUCAAGUUCAACGUGGACAUGAGCGGGUAUUACAUAGUGCACUAUGAGGCAGGGGGCUGGGACGCUCUGAUCGCCCUGCUCCGGCACAACCACACAGCCCUCAGCAGCAACGACCGCGCGAGUCUCAUCAACAACAUCUUCCAGCUGGUCAGUAUUGGGAAGGUGCCUCUGAGCAAGGCGCUGGACCUGUCCCUAUACCUGAGCCGGGAGACAGAGAUCAUGCCCGUCAUGCAGGGGUUGGGGGAGCUGGUGCCCCUCUACAAGCUGAUGGAGAAGAGGGACAUGCAGGACGUGGAGAACCAGAUGAAGGGCUACAUCGUGCGCCUGUUCAGGGGGCUGAUAGACCACCAGUCCUGGAGUGACGACGGCUCGCUGUCUCAGAGGAUGCUGCGCAGCACCCUGUUGCUCUUCGCCUGCGUGUGCGGCUACCAGCCCUGCGUCCACGCCGCCGGGGAGCUCUUCCGCAAGUGGCGGGAGUCCGACGGCAACAUGAGUCUGCCCAGUGAUGUCAGUCUGGCGGUGUACGCGGUGGGAGCUCGUACUCCUGAGGGCUGGGACUUCCUGCUUGAGAAAUACCGCCAUUCUCUCUACUCCUCCAUGAAGAGGCAGAUCAAGGUGGCCCUGUCCAUCACCCCACUGACUGACAAGCUCCAGUGGAUUUUGGAACAGAGUCUGGAGGGAGGCGUUCUAAAGACACAGGACCUUCCUAACGUCCUCAUCCAGGUCAGCAGAAACCCCAAAGCCUACAGGCUGGGCUGGGACUUCCUGAGGGCCAACUGGAACAGGCUGGUGAAGAAGUUUGACCUUGGCUCGCCCUCACUUGCACAAAUGGUGACUGGAGUAACCAAUAAGUAUUCCACCAGGGAAAUGCUGGAGGAGGUACAGCUCUUCUUUGGUUCGCUGACGAAGGAGACAGGGGCGGGGCUGCGUUGCAUCCAGCAAGCCGUGGAGAGCAUUGAGGAGAACAUCCGCUGGAUGGAUAAGAACCUGCCCCAGCUCAAGGCCUGGCUGGACAGACAAGGGACCCCGGGGCAGUCCUCCAGAACCACAGGGGCUUAAAACGCAAGUGAG